UCAAACUUUCUCAAGCACAGAACCCUGUUGUACUCAGCUUUUUGUUAAGCUAUUUCAGCCUACAAUGGCUGUGGAACCUAGUGCAACUUCAACUCUGAUACCUCAGGAUCAUCAAGAACAAAAAUUACUAAUAGUGAAAAUAGAAGAUAGCCUUUCCUCGGGUCAGAAAUUUAAACAGAAUGGGAAUACCCAGUCCUGCCAAGAAUUAUUUCGCCAGCAAUUCAGGAAGUUUUCCUAUCAUGAGACUCCUGGGCCCCGGGAGGCUUUGGGUCGACUCCAGGAACUUUGCUAUCAGUGGCUAAUGCCAGAGUUGCACACUAAGGAGCAGAUCCUAGACCUGCUGGUACUGGAGCAGUUUUUGAGCAUACUACCUGAGGAGCUGCAGAUCUGGGUUCAGCAACAUGGUCCAAGAAGUAGUGAGGAGGCUGUGACCCUGUUGGAGGAUUUGGAGAGAGAGUUUGAUGAUCCAGGGCACCAGGUUCCAACUAAUCCACAGGGACCAGCAGUGCCAUGGAAGGAUUUGGCAUAUCUCGGAGCACCCAAAGAGUCAACAAAUGUCCUGCUCCAUCCUCUAAAGACACAGCUGACAUCCUGGAAACCUCACCUUUCCUCUAAAAGUGAUUGCGAGAACAAUGAAACAACAACAAAGGAGGACAUUGCAGAAGAAAAAUCUCAGGAACUGUCUCAGGAACCUUCAUUUAGAGGAAUUAGUGAACAUGAAAGCAAUUUAGAGUGGCAGCAAGGAAGUGCUACAGGGGAGAAAUCAAGAAGAUCCCAUCCUCAUGGGGGCAGUUUUAGUAAAGUGAUCAUCUCACACAAAUCUUUAGGAGAGAGAGACCAUUUUGAUGAACCUCAAAGAUGCUUGAUUCUAAGUACAAACUCUGUAACAUGUCAGAAAAUUCCUACACAAGAGAGACCUUAUAGAUGUGAUGUAUGUGGGCACAGCUUCAAGCAGCAUUCCUCUCUAACUCAACAUCAGAGAAUCCAUACUGGAGAAAAGCCCUAUAAGUGUAACCAGUGUGGGAAGGCCUUUAGUUUGAGAUCGUAUCUUAUUAUUCAUCAGAGAAUUCAUAGCGGCGAGAAAGCUUAUGAAUGUAGUGAAUGUGGAAAAGCCUUCAAUCAGAGCUCAGCUCUCAUUAGACAUAAGAAAAUUCAUACAGGCGAGAAAGCUUGUAAAUGUAAUGAGUGUGGCAAAGCAUUUAGUCAAAGUUCAUAUCUCAUUAUACAUCAAAGAAUUCACACUGGUGAGAAACCCUAUGAGUGUAAUGAGUGUGGGAAAACCUUUAGCCAGAGCUCAAAGCUUAUUAGACAUCAGCGAAUUCAUACAGGAGAGAGACCUUAUGAAUGUAAUGAAUGUGGGAAAGCAUUUAGGCAGAGUUCAGAGCUUAUUACACAUCAGAGAAUACACAGUGGAGAGAAACCCUAUGAAUGUAAUGAAUGUGGAAAAGCCUUCAGCCUGAGCUCAAAUCUCAUCAGACAUCAGAGAAUUCACAGUGGAGAGGAACCUUAUCAGUGUAAUGAAUGUGGCAAAACCUUCAAAAGGAGCUCAGCCCUUGUUCAGCAUCAGAGAAUCCAUUCUGGGGACGAAGCUUAUAUAUGUAAUGAAUGUGGGAAGGCUUUCAGGCACAGAUCAGUUCUUAUGCGCCAUCAGAGAGUCCACAGUGUAAAAUAACUUGUGAAUAUAAAGAUCAUUGUAAAUAUUUAAGUCACAUUUUUCUCUCUAUUAGUCGAAAGGGUUGACUGUGGAACAAGAUUCCAUAAAGGCUUGUAAAUUACUAGGUUUUGAGCCUGUUUAACUUGCUUUGUGCAGCACUAACAAAUGCUAGUCCAAAUCAUCCCUCGAAGACUUUUCUGACUAAUCAAACAAGUUGAGAGACUCUACUCCCAGCUUUUUUCUUACUGCGAGGAAUACUCAGGAAAUAUGAAAAACAGGAAUGUAACAUUAAAGCUUCAUUUUCUUUGAGAAUGUCUAAAGGUCAUAGAGCUCCAGGCUCUGUCACUGCCUUUGAUUGUCAAAUUUGUCAGGUUUGGAAGAUAAGGUGGAACUUAAAAAAUUUCACUGACCUGUUUUAGAACAGUAUGGCAACAAGAAAAUUGGGGAAACAGUUUCAUCAAUUUUGUUGAGCCUGAGGGAGGCCAGAAAUUAGAUAGUUAAGAAAGAACACAAUCCAUCCAACAGUUAUUUUUUUAAUAACCUGCUUUGUACCAGCUGUCUAGGGAUACAGUAGAAAACAAGGCCUAAUUUCUACUGCCUAAUGGACAUUGCCAAUCAGGUAAUGAACUUAUAGUAUGGUCAGUGCUAUAUGACUUUAAGGGUGUUCCUUGAGCACUUUCCCCAUUUCCUUAUCUAAGGACUCACAUAGGGAAAUGGGGAGAAAUGACCUGAAGGAUGAAUAGGAGUUUACCAGGGAGGUAGGCCAGUAGAGGAAUAACAUAAAGGCCAGGAAGAGAGUGUGAAACAUUUCCUGCUGAGUUCAUUCUGAAGUGGGGUCAUGUCUGUAAGAAGCAUGGCUUUAGCCAAACUGAAGCAGUACCUACAGCAAAAUAUAAGUCAAUAGAGAAGUUUGUGUAAAUAAAAACUAGAACUCUUGGACCACAGCACAGUGAGAUUUGUCUUGAUUGAUGUGACUAAGGAAAAGGGCUAAUAAGUGGUUUCUCUGCCUGGUCUAUAGGCUAAGCUAGAGCUUCCAUAGAAGUGGUGGCAGAAAGCUUAGCUUAGAUAGUAAGACUAUAAAGAGUUCAUAAGGUUUCCUUUGGUUCUUCCGACAUUUUCAGAGCUGCUGUCACAUUGCUCCUGACUCCCACAGCUCUGGGUCAGAAACUGCCAUAGCAUCAUGUCUGAGGCAGUGUCCUCACAGUUCCCAGUACUCCCCUGGCUUGGGGCUCAGA